CUUCCUUUCCCUUGUGUGCCACUCUGUAAACUCCUGCAGCCCCUCCCCUGCCAGGGCCAUGGCACAUCCCCAGCAGCAGCAGCAGGAAGACACCUGCUCGAGCUUGGCGACAGAGAACUGUGCAGAUAUGAGCCCAAGGAAAGUCGCCCUCGUCACUGGCAUCACGGGCCAGGAUGGCUCAUACUUGGCAGAGUUCCUGCUGGAAAAGGGCUAUGAGGUGCAUGGAAUUGUUCGUAGAUCUAGCUCUUUUAAUACAGGACGGAUUGAACAUCUUUACAAGAACCCACAGGCUCACACAGAAGGAAACAUGAAGUUACAUUAUGGCGAUCUCACAGAUAGUACUUGCCUAGUGAAGAUAAUUAAUCAAGUGAAACCCACUGAAAUUUACAAUCUUGGAGCUCAGAGCCAUGUCAAAAUAUCUUUUGAUUUGGCUGAAUAUACUGCUGAUGUUGAUGGAAUUGGCACUUUACGGUUGCUUGAUGCUAUCAAGACAUGCAGCCUCAUAGACUCUGUGAAGUUCUACCAAGCUUCAACAAGUGAGCUUUAUGGGAAAGUGCAAGAAAUACCGCAAAAGGAGACCACUCCUUUUUAUCCCAGAUCACCAUAUGGGGCAGCCAAGCUAUAUGCAUAUUGGAUUGUGGUGAACUUCAGGGAGGCCUACAAUCUCUUUGCUGUGAAUGGUAUUCUCUUCAACCAUGAGAGUCCCAGGAGAGGGGCUAACUUUGUAACUCGAAAAAUUAGUCGUUCCGUUGCUAAGAUCCACCUGGGGCAACUGGAAUGUUUCAGUUUGGGCAAUCUGGAUGCCAAGAGAGACUGGGGUCACGCCAAGGACUACGUUGAGGCUAUGUGGCUAAUGCUGCAAAUGGAUGAGCCAGAGGACUUUGUAAUAGCUACUGGGGAGGUCCACAGUGUCCGCGAAUUUGUGGAGAAGGCAUUCCAGCACAUUGGGAAAACGAUUGUGUGGGAAGGCAAGAAUGAGAACGAAGUAGGUCGAUGCAAAGAAACUGGCAAGAUCCAUGUGACAGUUAAUCACAAAUACUACAGGCCAACUGAAGUGGAUUUUCUUCAAGGCGAUUGCACCAAAGCAAAGCAAAAACUCAACUGGAAACCCAGAGUCACAUUUGACGAGCUGGUGAAAGAGAUGGUGGAAGCAGAUGUGGAACUCAUGAGGAACAACCCCAAUGCAUGAAUCUGUUCCUCCUUCCAUACCUGCUGACAUGACUGAGCCUCCAGGGAGACGGCCGGCCUAAUUAUGACUUCUGCAAGUGCCAUUGCUGGGGAAGGGGAACGACAAUCAUUCCACUGGGUGUUGAAGAUUUGCUGCCAUUUUAUUUUCCUCUUGCUUGUGCAAUGGAUCAUUUUUUUCCCCUUUUCAAAUCUCAACCAUGUAUCAUCAUGACUUUACAUUCCAUGAAGAGGAUAGGCUGAAGUGAUUGCAGUUUUCCUCCUGAUAUGUAGACAAGACGAUGGAGGCCAGCUUACCUGGAGUAUCUUUUGAUAUUAAAAAAAAUCAUUUCCAUAAA